AUGUCUCUUCCCCUACGUACGCUGGGCCGAGAUGGGCCCUCCGUCUCUGCCAUCGGUCUUGGUUUUGGGAGCAUUGGCGGAUUCUACGGACCAGCUGGUACCCUUGACGAGAGAGUGGCCCUUUUGGAGCACGCACAUGCCGCCGGAUUGCGCUUUUGGGACAUGGCCGACAUCUACGGGGACAGCGAGGACGUUGUGAGGGAAUGGAUCAAACAAUCCGGCAAGCGCAACGACGUCUUCCUGGCCACCAAGUUCGGGCUCCAGCGACACCCUAAUGGAAGCCAUACUUUCCGGUCCGAUCCCGAGUAUGUCAAGGCUGCAUGUGGACGAAGUCUUCAGAGACUCGGGGUCGACACCAUCGAUCUCUACUACUGUCAUAGGGUGGACGGAGUCACGCCGAUUGAAAAGACGAUUAGAGCCAUGGUGGAGCUGAAGAACCAAGGCAAAAUUCGCUAUUUGGGUCUAUCGGACGUCUCAGCAACCACAUUACGGCGCGCGCAUGCCGUGCACCCUAUUACCGCCUUACAGGUGGAAUAUAGCCUGUUUACACUAGACAUCGAAUCACCAGCAUCAGAGAUCCUCAAGACCUGCCGCGAACUCGGCGUGGCUAUCGUUGCUUUUAGCCCGAUUGGACGGGGUAUACUGACAGGCCAAUUCCAAUCUCGCGCAGAUAUUCCCGAGGGUGACUUGCGCCGCAUGUACCCCAAGUACGCGGAGGAAAACUUCCCGGAAAUUCUGAAACUGGUGGACAAAUUGAAAGAUGUGGCUAAUGGUCAUGGGAGCACCCCAGCACAGGUUGCCCUUGCGUGGCUGCUGGCGACCGAACCGGAUAUCGUCCCUAUUCCUGGUACGAAGUCGGCUGCCAGGAUGGACGAAAAUGCCGCGGCUGCACUGCUGCAGUUGAGCGACCAAGAAGUGCAGGAGAUUAGGACUCUGGCGGAGAAGGUAGAGAUUGAAGGCACCCGGUACCCUGCUGCGGUGAUGGCGACUCUCUGCUCAGAUACGCCGCCGCUGGAAGAAUAA